AUGAAGCAAAAGGAACACAAACAGCCCCCCGUGGCGCUUCCGGGGGGCCCCCAGGGGCCCCAGGGCCACGUGCUGCACGGGGCGGACGACAGCAUAGUGUGCGUCUCUGCUGGGGCCACUCCGCUGCACAUGUGUGCAGCAGCAGAAGAAAUGGACAUGGGCUCUGUUGCUGCGCUGCAGCAGCAGCAGCCCAACGAGGGCCACUCCCAGCCAGUCACCACGGCCCUCUCGGCCAUCCAGCGGGCCGCUUCUUGCGCCGGAGGCCCCGCCCCUGGGGGCCCCCCCGGGGGCCCCCCCGCGGAGUGUGGGGCCCCCGCCGAGUCCUUCGCCCCCGCUGCAGCAGCAGCAGCAGCAGCAGCAGCCGCAGCAGCGGAAGGCAGCUGCGGGGACUACUCAGAGACGCCGCUGCCGGAGAUGAAGGCGACGCUGCUGCGGUGUCUGCGGGGAGAAGAGGAGGAGGGCCUGGAGGCCCCGGGGGGGGCCCCCCGGGGGCCCCAGGGCCCCCGUUUUGAACUUCAAAAAGAUAAUUUGCCGCGGUUUGAUAUUUUGGAGUGGGACAAUUUGGUGGACAGCAGCGACAUCGGCAAGGAGGAGUACGUGGCCCUGGCGCUGCAGAUCGAGGCCUUCUACGAGGACUACGACGGGUUCGUGGUGCUGCACGGGACGGACACGAUGGCCUACACAGCUUCGGUGUUGAGCUUUAUGCUGGAGAAUCUGCGGAAAGCUGUAGUGCUUACUGGAGCGACUUUGCCAUUGAUGCACAUCUCGAGCGACGCGAAGCGGAACGUGGGCCUGAGUCUGCUGCUGGCGGCGUACGGGGCGCUGGGCGAAGUGGUGGUGCUCUUCGGCUCCCAAGUGCUGCGGGGGCCCCGCUGCAGCAAAGCCAGCUGCAGCAGCAUGGAGGCCUUCAGCUCUCCGAACUUCCCGGCGCUGGGGAACAUCGGCGUGGACCUGGUGAUCCACGACCGGCUGAGGGCCCCCCCCCCGCCCCCGGGGGCCCCCUUCCGCGCCUUCACGGGGCUGUGCUGCAGUGUAUGUACACUGCAGCUCGCCCCAGGCACCCCCCUCGAGGCCCUCGAGGCGCUGCUGCUGCGGACUUCGCUGCGGCCGCUGGCCGUCGUGCUGCAGCUGUUCGGCGCGGGCACGGCCCCCAACUCCCCGCGCUUCCUCGCAGCAAUCCGCGCAGCAAUUGCUGCAGGAGUUGCUGUUGUUGCUGCUACGCAGUGCCACAAGGGAACAGCAAACCUCCUCAUCUACGAAAACGGAAUUUGGAUUUCUUCCCUCGGGGUCAUCUGCGCCAAAGACAUGACCCCCGAGGCCGUCGUCGCCAAGCUCUACUACCUCAUGGGAAAGGGCGUGACUGGGCGUCGGCUGAAGGAACUGAUGGAAAGCAACUUGCGGGGCGAAGUGACAGUCGGCCUCAAAAAGGUGGAAGGCAAAGCUUCCCUCGACGCGGAGCAGCACACGGAAAUCGCCAAGGAAAUUGCGUGCGUCAGCAGCAGCAGCAGCAGCAGCAGCAGCAGUAGCAGCAGUUGGAGCGGCAGCAGCAGCGGUUGGGGCUGCAGCAGCAGCAGCAGUAGAAGCAGCGGCUGCAGCACGGUUGGCUAG